AAUAACAUAGUUUAAGAUGGGAAGUUGGCAUCCAUGACUCUUCUAGAUAUGCGCGUGCUGCUCGUGGUCGUGGCCCAACUGUUCUUGCUUGAGCUGGCGGCGGCUCCACGGGCAUGGAUGCUGCUGCUCCUCCCUCUCCUCCUCCCGCUUGUACGCUGCUGGUUCCGUGCCAAGAGAGCGAGUGAUAUCAGGCAGCAGCAAGAUGACCACCUACCGCCUUCCCCGCCGGCGCUGCCCGUCCUCGGGCACCUCCACCUCGUCGGCUCGCUCCCGCACGUCUCCCUCCGGAGCCUCGCCCGGAAGCACGGCUACGACCUCAUGCUCCUCCGCCUCGGCGCCAUGCCGGUCGUCGUCGCGUCGUCGCCGCCCGCCGCCGAGGCGGUGCUGCGCACGCACGACCACGUGUUCGCGUCCCGGCCGUUCUCUCUGGUCGCCGACGUCGUCAUGUACGGCACCUCCGACAUCGGCACGGCGCCGUACGGGGACUACUGGCGGAGGGCGAGGAAGCUCGUCACCACGCACCUGCUCGCCGUCAAGAGGGUGCAGUCAUUACGCCACGCCCGCGAGGAAGAGGUGAGCAGGGUGAUGGCUCAGAUCGGGGAGGCGGCCGCCGCCGGCGCCGCGGUGGACGUGGGCGAUCUGCUCGGCUCGUUCGCGAACGACCUGGCCUGCCGCGCCGUUAUGGGCAAGUCGUCGUACCGGAACGAGGGCCGGAGCAAGCUGUUCCAGCAGCUCAUCGUCGACACGUCGCCGCUCCUUGGAGGCUUCAACGUCGAGGAAUUCUUCCCGUUCCUGGCUCGCUUCGGCGUGCUCAGCAAGGUGGUCCGCGCCAAGUCCGAGAGAUUGAGGAGGAGGUGGGACGAGCUGCUGGAGCAGCUGAUUGAUGACCACGAGAGACAGUACGAUGCGGUGGCGGCGGCGAGUGAUCACAAGGGCGAGGAUGACGACUUCAUACAUGUCUUGCUCUCUGUUCAGCAGGAGUACGACCUUACCAGAUACAACAUCAAAGCUAUCCUGCUUGCCUGAAUCCUCAUGAUAAUUAAAGGAGUCGUUGUGGCUGUUGGAUAUGUUCCAAAUUCAUAUUGGGCUGCCGACUUCUGCCAUAGCGAAGCGGAGGCCCGAGCAAAGCCAACGGCAGGGCACACCGCCCCCUCCCCUGCACCCUCCCGCCGGCACACCGCCCCCUCCCCUGCACCCUCCGCCGGCCGCGCCCUCCGACGGCCGGAUCCGGCCGCACCCUCCUCGUGGCCUCCAUGCUCGCCGGAUCCAUGGCUUGGUGGCGGAGGAGGGCCGCGCGGCGGUGGCGACCAUGGGGGGCGGCGGAGGCAACGGCGGCACGGUCUGCGGCAGGGCUCCCUCCUCCCGGACUGUGCGGGGCGAGGGCAAGGACGGCCUGCCUCGCGGCGGGGCUCCCUCCUCGGAGCCGCGGCGGCGGCGGCAGGGCGGUGCUCGGACGUAGCCAUGACUCCGCGUCGGCGCGUCGGCACCCUCCCUCCUCCCGGGCCGCUCGGGGCGAGGGCAAGGCCAGCCCGGUCCGCGGCGGGGCUCCCUCCUCGGAGCCGCAGCGGCGGUGUGCCAGGGUAGCGGACCCACGGCCGCCGCCUCCCUCGCCGUCGGAGGCCGCCGCGUGCCGAAGCGGCCGAGGCGGGGCGGAGCGGCCACCGCGCGCUGGAGCGCCCGCGGCGAGCGGCCUCGGCGGGCUGGAGCUGCCGCGGCGAGGCGUCCACGGCGGCCAGAACACCCGCGGCCGUGGCUCGGCCUGCGGCGCUCGGACGUAGCCGCGGCGGCCUGUCUCGGAGCCCGGAGCGCCGCCGCGGCCCGCGGGCAGGGGAGCUCCGCAUCGUCGAGGCAGCGGCGGCCCAUGGCGUGGAGGUGCAGGGCUCGCGAGCUCCUCGUCCUCCCCGGCUCUGUUCGCAGCAAGCGCGGGCGCGGAGGCCGCGGCGCCGGCGAGCGCGGGUGUGGCCGGCGAUGGAGGACUCCGAGUUCAAGUAGCAGCUCGCGGCCAGUGGCGAAUCCAGCCACCACAAUUAGAGGGGGCUCAUCUCCCUUGUCAUCUUCUUCCUCCCCCUCUCUUCCCUUUAAUCUCCCCUUCUUCUUCAUUAUUUCUUCCUAAAAAUUAAGAGGGAGCUUAGAGGGGGAUCCAUUGAUUUUGGGGAGGUAGGGGGGCUGGAUCCCCCCUAGUCCCCCCCCCUUUAGAUCCGCCCCUGCUCGCGGCGGCGGCUGCGACAAGGAUGGUGCGGAGGCGGAGCAGAUUUGGGCGGGAGCUCGAGCUUCGCGCCGGCUCGAGUGCUCCUACGGUGAUGGCGGGUCUUCGUCCAUGGGCCAUGGCGGCGGCAACGCAGAGCAGCAGCACGUGGCGGACCGGGGCCAUCACACCCGAGCUCCCUCCCUCCUCCUCCCUCCGGACCGGCAGACCUGGCACCGGACACGAGUUCCGCCGGCAGACCUGGAGUGUGGCGGCGGCUGCUCGCCCCCCGGCCCGCGGCUUGCUUGCCCUCCUCCGCUCCGGCUCGUGCUCCGGCACUCGAGCUCGGCGCCACCAGAUCCGGCGGAGGCGCGAAACCUCGAGCACCCCUGCUCAUGGAGCUCGAUGGCCGCGGUGGAGCGCUGCGGCGGCGGGCGCGGGAGGAGGACGGGGGUGCAACGGCCGGUGGCGGGCCCCACACCAUGUCGCCGCGUUGCGGACGGCCGCUACCGUGCUAGCUUUGGCGCGCGGGAGCCCUGUCCGCAACGAUAGCGCACGGUGUACAGAGUCCCGCUGCAGACAAAAAA